GCAUGGAUAUAUAGAAAUAAGCCGUGACCGGGAUUCAGUCUGAGCGAGCUGGAGAGCUAGCAAAAAAGCAUCCAUUGCACUACCUGAGAGAGACCGGAGCCCAAGUAUAUUUAACUUUUCAGAAAGCUGCCAUCAUGUGUGACGAUGAAGAGACCACAGCACUUGUGUGCGACAAUGGCUCCGGCCUUGUGAAAGCUGGAUUCGCUGGAGAUGAUGCCCCAAGAGCAGUGUUCCCAUCAAUUGUUGGGCGUCCCCGUCACCAGGGUGUCAUGGUUGGUAUGGGUCAGAAAGAUUCCUACGUAGGUGAUGAAGCCCAGAGCAAGAGAGGCAUCCUGACUUUGAAAUACCCAAUUGAACAUGGUAUUAUCACCAACUGGGAUGAUAUGGAAAAGAUCUGGCAUCACACCUUCUACAAUGAGCUGCGUGUAGCUCCAGAGGAACACCCCACCCUACUUACUGAGGCUCCAUUGAACCCUAAAGCAAAUCGUGAAAAAAUGACCCAGAUCAUGUUUGAGACCUUCAAUGUCCCAGCUAUGUAUGUGGCAAUCCAGGCAGUGCUGUCUCUAUAUGCCUCUGGUCGUACUACUGGUAUUGUUCUGGACUCUGGUGAUGGUGUCACACACAAUGUGCCAAUCUAUGAAGGUUAUGCCUUGCCACAUGCGAUCAUGAGGCUUGACUUGGCUGGUCGUGACCUGACUGAUUAUUUAAUGAAAAUCCUGACAGAGCGUGGCUACUCUUUUGUCACUACUGCUGAACGUGAGAUUGUUCGAGACAUCAAAGAAAAGUUGUGCUAUGUAGCUUUGGACUUUGAGAAUGAAAUGGCCACCGCUGCCUCUUCAUCCUCCUUGGAAAAGAGCUAUGAAUUGCCUGAUGGGCAAGUUAUCACCAUUGGAAAUGAACGCUUCCGUUGCCCAGAGACUCUCUUUCAGCCAUCUUUCAUUGGUAUGGAGUCUGCUGGUAUUCAUGAGACAACAUACAACAGUAUCAUGAAGUGUGAUAUUGACAUUAGGAAGGAUCUGUAUGCCAACAAUGUUAUGUCUGGUGGUACCACCAUGUAUCCAGGUAUUGCUGACCGUAUGCAGAAGGAAAUUACUGCUUUGGCUCCAAGCACUAUGAAGAUCAAGAUCAUUGCUCCACCUGAGCGCAAGUACUCUGUUUGGAUUGGUGGCUCUAUCUUGGCCUCUUUGUCCACCUUCCAGCAGAUGUGGAUCACAAAACAGGAAUAUGAUGAAGCUGGUCCAUCUAUUGUCCACCGCAAAUGUUUCUAAACACUUUCAUCUGACCCUUUAUUAGUAAUCUCUCUCAGGUUGACAAUGGAUUGUCAAAAUGUACCCUCAGACCUUUAAAACCGAUGUCCAUUAUUGUUGCCUCACACUUACUGUGACUCAAAUAAUAUACACAGUGUACAUAAAUUGUAAUUUAUUAUAAAUGUUUUGUAAGUUCUAAAACAUUGACCUAACAAACAAUAUGGAAAUAUCAAGUAAUAAUAAAGAGUCAUUUCAUGUCCAA